AUGCCUAAAGCUGUGUUGAGUAUUAAAGAAAAAGUUAAUGUCAUUGAAAUACAUAAAAAUGAAAAACUUAGUGUACGCGAGUUAGCAAAAAAAUGUAAGAUCAGCAAAACUCAAGCUGCUUGCAUUGUAAAAAACAAAGACCAAAUUUUAAAAUUGUGGGACACUAAUGUCAAUCCAGAGAGAAAAAAGAGUAUGUUAAGUCCAAAGGGUCUUUGCAUUGAUAAAUUGUGCUACGAAUGGUUUGUGAAGGCUCGAAAUAAAGCUAUUCCUCUGUCGGGCACUCUUAUAAGAAGCAAAGCUAAAGAAAUUGCAGAAAAUAUGAAUUUCGCCGAUUUUAGUGCAUCAUCUGGCUGGCUUGAAAGGUUCAAAAAACGACAUAACAUAUCCUUCCGUACAAUUUCUGGAGAAGCUGCUAGUGUAAACCAAAAUGAUGUCAUAAAUUUUACAGAAAAAGUGCCUUCUUUGAUUGAGGGAUAUGAUUCGCGAGAUAUUUACAAUGCAGAUGAGACUGGCUUAUUUUUUCGUGCAUUGCCUGAUAAAACAUUUGCAUUAAAAGGUGAAACUUGCGCUGGAGGAAAAAUGGCAAAGGAUAGGCUUACGAUUUUGCAUUGCGCCAAUAUGGCUGGAGAGAAAGAACGUCUUUUUGUUAUUGGAAAAGCUGCAAAGCCACGGGCGUUUCGCAACAUCAACUUAACCAAUUUACCAGUUACAUGGCGAUCAAAUAAAAAGGCUUGGAUGACAUCUGAAUUGAUGACUGAUUUUCUAGUGCAGUUUGAUAGGAAAAUGCAAAUUCAAGAACGGAAAGUUCUGCUAUUUUUAGAUAAUGCGACUUCUCAUCCUCGAGAUCUCAAAUUAAAAAAUGUAAAAGUUAUUUUUUCCCACCAAACACAACAGCUUUUUGUCAACCACUAG